GGCUCUCUUGAGGUAGAAUGUUAAAUAAAGCCGCACGAACUCGCUCGGUGCGCAAAGGGGGGGCUUCUUGUUGUAGAAUCGUUCUGCUUCGGGAGUCAGGAACCACUUUGUUCAGUGAGUGCCGGCUGCCAGCGCCUCGCUUCCCGCUGCCCUAAGAAUCCGCCGCUCCGGCGUUAUCUGCUGCGGCACAAACUGAGCACCAGGCACAGGAAGGGCUGCGCUAUCGGCGCAAUAGGCUACGCGCAGCGAAGAGCCGGUGCUCCAGCGCGGAUCGCACAGGAAACACACUCGGAGCAACAGUGGAUGGGCGGAGGGACUACAGCCUGUUUGGGACCUGCUUCAAAAAGAAGGAAAGACAAAACCCACCCUGCACACUGGGGAUGUUUGUGUUUCUGGAUGAAUCCCAUGGAUUGUCGCCACCUGUAAUGCAGCUGGAGGAUUGCGUACGCCAGGACAUGCAAUUUUACUAUGUGGGUGACCACACGUGGACGACCAUGCUGGGCCAGAGCGUGAAGCUGCAGGCGGUGCCCAUCCAGAGCCUGUCGGAGCUGGAGCGAGCUCGCCUGCAGGAGGUGGCCCUCUUCCAUCUGGAGGAACGCAACCUGCAUUUCAGCAUCAGCAUCCCCCAAGUGACCCGCAAAAGGAGGAAGUCUCUGAGGAGGAAAUUUGACUCAUUUUCCAAGGAAAAGAAAGAACGGGAGACGGCCCCCAAGGCGUUCGGAAUCCCCCUGUCUCAGGCGAUUGCCAAUGACCGCGAGCACAAGCAGCGGCAAGACGCCUUGCGGGAGAGCAGGCGUGACUGUCUGGACCUGGAAGCCAGCGUGCUGCACUUCCGGGCCGAGAAGCAACAGCAGCAUGAGGGCAGGAAGCCCUGUGGCCCCCACUCCGCACUGGAACUCAAUAGCAAGCCUCUGUCCCACACCCUCCUGGAAAACGCCCCCAGGGUCCACCGCAGGGGGGGUUUGUCAGUGGACUGCAUUUCUGACCUGGUAGAGAGUCAGUCACGGCUACUGGAAGCUCUUCAGCUCUCCCACCCCAACGAGCUGGACAUUCGGAAGGCAGCCGGACGCACCCAGGCAAAGCUCAGCCUUAACCCCAUCUACCGGCAGGUUCCGCGCGUAGUGGAGCGCUGCUGCCACCACAUCCAGAUCUACGGACUCAACACAGUGGGGAUUUUCCGUGUGGGGAGCUCAAAGAAGAGAGUGAGGCAGCUAAGGGACGACUUCGACAUGGGAGCAGACGUCAUCUUAGACGACGAGCACAGUGUGCACGACGUGGCAGCCCUCUUGAAAGAGUUCUUGAGGGACAUGCCUGAUCCCCUGCUGCCACGUGAACUCUACUCCGCCUUCCUGCACACCACCACUCUGCGGGAGCCAGAGCAGCUCCCCUACCUGCAGCUGCUGCUCUACCUGCUGCCACCUUGCAACUGCGACACGCUGUUGCAGCUCCUCGGCCUGCUGCACAUCGUCCAGGAGCAUGCCGAGGACAAGCGCGGCCCCGACGGCCAGGAGGUCCCAGGGAACAAGAUGACUCCAGCCAACCUGGCGGUGAUCUUCGGGCCCAACCUGCUGCAGGGUGAGCUGGGAUCCGAGCGUGACAGCAGCCAGCAGGCGCUGGGUAUCGAGGACAGUGCGACCAUCAUCUCCAUCACACUGAAGCUCAUCAAGAACUACAAACGUCUUUUCACGGUGUCCGCAGAAUUCCAGCAGGAGGUGCUAAUGAGUCUCAUUCAGACCGAUCCUGAUGUCAUCGAUUACCUGCUACGUAGGAAACUCAGCAGUCAGCUGACCACUGACACGGACGUGGAGUCCGACUCCAGAGACCAGGAGCCCAAGUCAUCGCUGGAGUCAGCGGGGCCCUCCGGCCAAGGCCUCUUUCCUCUGGAGGCUUCUCCUCUCUUCCCAGAGCUGCAGGGAGACGGUAGUCUGAGCAGUGAGGUGUUCUUCAACAUGCUCUGCCUAGGCCCGAGCAGGAAGCAGUCCUCAGAGGAUAGUGCAAUGAAGACCAUUGGCCAGAUGAGGCAGUUCCAUUCCCAUCAUGACCUGCUGAGCUUGGGCGAGACGCCCAAUCCAGUCACGGAAGAGGCAUGCUGGGAAGGAACCAGCCAUGCCAGCUUCAAACAGGACAAUUCCAGGGACAGUGUGUGGGUGAGGCAGGACGCAGCCACCCAGGGAGUGAUCACUCAGCCUCUUAACUUUUGGGACUACUUCACUGGGAAGGUUACUGGCUCAGAGACCAUCGUAUGACCCUACCGGUGGUAUGACUGGCUGUCUGAACAUGGUUCACCUGCCCAGUGUACACACACACACCAGCAUCCUCAUACACGCAGAACCUAAACCUAGACUGUAAUAUGACGACAUACAUGCAUGUGUACAUAUGUAGACACGCAAUAAGAGACGCCUGACAUCACAUCGGCCAUUAACCAAAUUAAUGCUCUGUUACGAGACUGCUGCCCCCUGCUGGAUGAUUAUGUCAGUUGCGGGCAGUAAAAUGGUCACUGCACUGAUAAAGGAUACAUUUGACACGAAUAUUGGUAGCUUGUCCAAAUACUGUGUGUCGUUGUUGUUCUGCUUGCCCUCCCCCCCAUACAUGCUGCCGACAGACACUCACCUCUUACUUCGGAGAAAGCUUUAUGAUUUCUCUCGAACUUACAGGGAGCUACUGGAAUCCAAGCCAGUGAUGCGUCACUUUGAAUCCUUAAAGGGACACACACCUUCUGAAUUAUGAUGCCUGGGUCUUCAUGUAAAUUAUACUGUAAACAUGUAUAUUUCAGCAUUUAUUUUAAAUAAAUGUCCUUUUUAGUGUUUUA